GACGACAUACAUGCGUACUUAAACAUAUGACGAGCGUAUGACGUUCAAUCCUAUUGGCUCAUUCAAAAUGUACAAUGCGCAUGCGUACUAGCAGACAUAAAGCAGUAACUAGUUUGAUGACUUUGAAUCUACUACUAACUGGAAGUUUUACCAGUCAAUACUAGGUCCUACAAUUACGUACCACAGUUCGAGAGAUGACGGAAUACCUUAUCAAUAAAGAGGUUGAUUUUACCAUUGACGAAAAAUGCUUUCUUCUCGCAUACAUUGCUGAAGAUAAAAACAUGACAUCAUUUACUUCUUUUGAACGCACAUGGUAUCGUAUUUAUUAUAAUGUGGCAUAUAAUAAUGAAGUCGAGACUGUUGAUAUUGUCCUAAAACUGAUCAAGAAAUUGAAAUUGGAUCUCUGGUCUAUGUUCAAGGAAAAUAUUCCAAGAGAUUUCGAUUUUUCUCACAGUUGUCUUUUAAAUAGUCCCGAAGCAUUCAUCAGAAUAACCGAAGCAGGAGCCUCUAACGGAAUAACAAAAAUAGGAAGCCUGUAUCAUUGUUACUUUAUUAAAUUGUUUUUUGAUGAAUUCUACGAUAUGGAGACACAAAUUCAGAAUGAUACUUCUAGAUAUCCUCUCAACUUCCGUGUAUAUCAGCUUCUGAAUCUUUGUGCGCGGUACAAAGGUAAAUCAGCACGGCUCGAAAUGCCCAUGCGAGUACUCUGGAGCUCCAUCCCAGAUCCACUUUUGACGUCGACCGACGUUUUUAGGCUUUUUGAAGGGAUUGAUCCCAUAUAUUUUCCGAAGAUAAACAACAUAUGUCAAUGGUACUGCAAUCUAGUGAAUUCUGAGGAAACUUCUGUUAGGCGUCCAAGAUCUUUGCAACACCUUUCAAGGUACUGCAUCAGAAACCGAUUAAGAGACAACUUUAAGUUGCCCGAAGGAGUGGAGGAACUAGGCAUUCCCAAACUUGUCCAGAAGUACUUACUUCUGAGAGAUUUCAACAAGAUAGAAUGAAUACUUUAUCUCGGAAUCAUUUAUGCAAAGUCUCUAUGAAAGAUAUUAAGGACUAACCUCGAAAACAUUUGAAUAGUUUCACUGCUAAACGUGAAAUAUUUUUUCUUCAUAUUAGUAAAUAGUGUACAAUGAGUUUUUGUUUGCGGUGCUCAAAUAAAUUUUUUCAUAUUAGCGUA